CCCCACACUCGAGGUUCCACCAUGUACGCUCUCUCACGACCUGUCGCAAGAGCUACCCUGAGCCCAGUUUUCAUACGAUCGAUCUCCGUUUCACACUCCAUCAUGGGAGCAGGUGAUACCGGCUCGCCUAAGCCGCGGGGCUUCCUGGCGGAGAAGGAUCAAUUUACGAGGCGCGAGGCGGCCCAGGAAGCCUUGUACAUUCGGGCACAGGAGAUGGAGAAACUCAAGAUCCUCCGGGCAAAGCUGAAGCAGUCACAAAAUCAUAUGGAGGAGCUCGAUAAGUACCUGGAGGAAUACUCGAAGAGCCAGGGAGGCGAGCAAAACUGA